AUGAAAACGACGGCGAACGAGGGAGCGAAGAGAAGGACGCAUACGUCGCUUUGUGAAUGGGCUGAGCCUUCUGCGGGCUACACGGCUGCAACACUGGCGAGUUGGACACACGCAACUGCCGCGCGGGUGCUGUUUCUGAAGGAGAGGUUUUGUUGUCUCUACAUCGGUGUCACAUGGGCUCGUGUUCUUAUUGUGACCGAGCGCGAGGCGGACGCGAGUGUGGACAUGGAGCAACGGUACUUCUGUCAGGCUAGUUUGGAUUACGUGCAGCUGCUUCAGGAGUUACUUGGAUUUAUGUAUGGCUGGCUGACGUUCUAUCACCAAGGACAUGAAGUAGCAUCCGAAUACCGACCGUACAUGAAGGACCUGCAGCUCCGAGUGCAAACCACACGAGAAAAUUUCAUUACCAUGAAAACUCAGGCCGAUUCGCUGAAGAAAAAGAUGCUGGAGUUUUUGAACAUCGUUUAUUCCUUGGUUUCUUCGGGUCGCGUGCAGCGUCAAAUGGAUCAUGGGACGUUGAGUAAAGCGUACACGAGACAAGGUUACCUGUAUCUCAUGGAGAAAAAAGCGUUUGGAACGACAUGGACGAAGCACUACUGCAUGUACCGGAAAGAAAAUCGUUUAUUCACUAUGAUCCCUUAUACGCAAAUAACCGGGAAAAUCACAACGACGGAGACGUUCAUGCUGAAGUCGUGCAUUCGACGCCAGUCGGAAUCGAUUGACAAACGAUUCUGUUUUGACGUUACCGGCGAAGACAAACCGGUUGUUUAUACUCUUCAGGCGCUGUGCGAAGAGGACCGGAAGCAUUGGAUGGACGCUAUGGAUGGGAAAGAGCCCGUGCGUACGUACGCCCAGCCGGUCAAGCCGUCCACCCCAGAGGAAACCGCUUUAGACGAGGCGGGCUUCAACUUCGUGAAGAAGUGCAUUGCUUUACUAGAAACCAGAGGACUGGAGGAUCAGGGAUUGUAUCGGCUAGUGGGAGUGACGAGCCGUGUCACGCGACUUCUAGCGCACGGCUUAGAUCCCAAGAAAAUGGAAAAGCUUGCUCUUGAUGACCAUUUCGAAUGGGAGAACAAAACCGUGACUUCCGCCCUGAAGACCUAUUUCCGGAAUCUACCGGAACCGCUUAUGACUUACCGGUUGCACACUGCUUUCCUCGACGCUGCUAAGCUUGCGAAUAAAAAUCAACGAGUAAUGGAAAUCGCUGGCCUGGUUGAUCAGCUCCCUCGACCUCAUUAUGAGAUGUUGAAGCUGCUGAUACAGCACCUCGUUCGAGUGGCAGCGAAGAGUCAACUCAAUCUGAUGACCGUCAGCAACUUGGGCGUUUGUUUUGGACCGACGCUGUUCCGCCCCGAAGAGGAAACUAUGGCUGCGAUUAUGGACAUAAAGUUCUGCAACAUGGUUGUAGAGAUCCUCAUCACGCACUUCGAAAAGAUUUUUGCUGGUACGCCGGCGUGGCAAUUGUCACCUUCGCGCGUCGGGGCUAGUGCUGGCAUCGGCGUCGUGGCAGGUGUUAGUGGGGUUGGUGGUAGUAGUGGCGGCGGCAACGGAAGUGGCAGUGCCGUCGUGGAAUCCAGUAACAAUUUCUCCCGGUUCGGUCCACAAGCUUCCACGGAAACUGCGGUGAAACCGCUAUCCGGUGUUUCAAGUCAAUCGAGCUUAGUCAGUGCGCUGAGUUUAGCGCCUGUUACGCACACAAUUGUGACGUCGUACAGCGUGGAGGCCCCUCGUCCAGUUGUACUGGAAAGUACGUACCCGUCGUCCCGAAAGGAAAAGCACUCGUCGUCGUCUUCACGCCUUUCAACACAUGGACUGUACGACGCCCUGCCGACGCCUGCUGCUCCGUCAGCGCAGACAAACCUCCGCCCUAUCCCGCGGCAUGCAUCACCGACCGCCUCAGAUCAAAAGCCGGGUAUUCGGAUGCUCAACACCUUCCCGUCGAUGUCAACAUCGGUUGAAAGCCUGGCAGCGCCUUCCGGUGUCCAAAAACGUCCGGACUUACGUAGCGUCUACGAAGACGCGUUAAUGGUGGACUCGCGCGACGCGUCCUACAAGGCCUACUUGUAUGACAGUGCGGAGAACGAGGACGCCGGAAGAAAGCGCGUCUUUUACCGCGAUCAAACUCAGCCACAAAGCCUUUUAGAUUUGCGUUGCGCUGGCGCUGCGGGCGCCAAUGUUAUGUCUAAGUCGAUGGAGGAGGAGGUGGUGGUGGGCGUUGCGAAUGGUGGCACCGGCGUGACGUUGGGUGCUGGUGGCGGCGGCGGAGGCAGCGGUUCUGUAGGCACCGUUGUUGGCAGAGGAAAGCUUGGUUUUCGACAAAAUCCGGCGCUCAAUAUGCUGAACUCCAGUUCUAGCUCUACGGAAUCUUUGUCUUCGCGCUCCUCUAAGGAGCCGUCGACAUCCCCGAAAACAAGAUCGAAGUUGGGCUUCCCUAACCCUCCGAAUUAUCGCAGCCAAGAGCCGGGUACGUCUGGUUCUUCCAGUGGCCAGGGUAGUCCGUCCAGUCAACAGCUGAGGCGGGUGAGGACGCUGUUUGCUUGCGUCGGAGAAAAUGAGAUGGAAUUGUCGUUCGAGCCCAAUCAAAUCAUCACAAAUGUGCGACCCUCGAAGGAACCCGGUUGGCUGGAAGGUACUUUAAACGGACACCAAGGUCUAGUACCUGAGAACUACGUCGAAUACCUUCCUUGAAACGAACGUCUUGCAUACAUUUAUUGCAGCCAAAUGAUUGUCAAGACCUCGGGAGAUCAGACGAAAUUUCAUCUAAGUGGCCAGCUACGACUUUCAUAUUUUGUUUCGUGAUCGUGCCAGUGACCUUUCUUCCUACGUUUUUUAAAUCAAAGGAAAUCUCGAAAAAGUGGAAGUCGCCACUUGACUCUCAGCACAUCGGGGUGGGUCAAUCGAUUUUAUUUUAUUUUUCUGCGAAGAACACAAGGGUGUGUUUGUCGGAUGACAGGAAGCCGUCAAGGAUUUUUUUUAUUUCGCGCUGUUAGGACAGAGACCGAAAGACAGAUUUGCUGUGAUACAGUGAUUUGAGAAAAAAAUAUUCCGUUUCCGUGCUUGAGAUCUUGAUGAUGUUCCAUAGACCACAUCUCGCUAUCCACUGGUCAGUCGUCACAGAAAUGUUCUUUUCGAAAAUUUGCACGGAUCGUGAAGCUACCUCGUUGAAAUCGUUGAUGGAUUGCUUUAUGUGUGAGGGAUAAGUGAUCUUGGAUGCUUGUUUCCGUAUGACGGAUUCAUGUGAUUUUUCCGCUCUUGCUUAAGUUACAAACGCAGAAUUGUGCAGUUUGCCUUAUCAGAUCCCGGAUAGCAAGAGGCGCGAUUUAUGUUGACGUGCUUCUUUUUAUAUCGCAUCCACUUUCUUUGAGAGAUUCAAGUCUCACUCGUAUGUUGCUGUUUCGUGAUCGUUACCGGUUGCACCGAAAGGGGCUCGUAUGCCCGUCCAGCAGUGUAGCAGUUCAUUCGUAUACGUUUUUAUUUCAGUUGGAACAUCCCAAUCAAAUCAAAGCGAGUACAGCUCGAACCAAAGUUUUAGUCGUGCUUUUUUUGCUUAAUGUUUGUUCAUUUGUUGAGGUCGGAAGGCUUAAAGAUUUUUUAAUGCUGGUGGCUACGUUUACAUUCCCUGUGGGAGGAAGUCGGGUGUAGAGUGUGUGAGAAAAGAGCUCAAUUCGUUUGCGUCGCGCUGAGGGGAACGGUGAAGUACCAUUUGAAAACGAUUUUAUACGUAUAAGUGUGUAAGUCUUUGAAUGGAGUCAUUGAGAGUUAUCCUGUUAUAAGCGACAUGGUGUAUAUGCAAUGCGACCCUCUUAGUGACGUUACCACUUUUAAACCUCUCUUUUUUCGCGAUUUCAAGUUCCCAUGUUACGGCCAGUUUCUUCUUCGAAAAUUUCCGAAUUUUUCUUUUCGUUCGGAAGCGGAAUUUGCAGCUUGGUUCGCAUGACGAUGCGUUCAUUCGAGUUUUUUCUCAGAGAUAAACUCGGGUGUCAUCCAGGAAUUUUUCUUUCCGUUACUCAUGGUGUUCGACUUGAGUGUCGGUUCUUCUGAUCGCAUUGCAUGGACAUCAUUCUUGAAAACUUUCAGAUUUGAGCCUGCAAAAGUAUUCGCUGUGGAGCGAGGUAUAUUUUAAUACGCAAUAUGCUUCAGUUGUUUGUUUUAUUUUUGUUGAGAAGCUGAUGUUAUCCGCAAGGAGAAGACACGUUGCCAGUCCAGAAAUUUACGAGUCGUUCUGCGCGGCGAUCGUUUUCAUUUUUUCCCCCUUUCAAGUAAUGAGCGUAUAUUUCUGCGCGCGGUGCGAGCUUGGGGAAAAGAUCUACCACACAGUGCUCCAGGCAGCGCUACGGGAGAAGCAGAGUUUCUAUUAAAACUAUAUUCAAUUUUCCAGAUGCUGUUGAUCUGAAAGAAAGCGUCUUGAAGUGCGUC